UUCAGUGCCACAGAAGGAGAAUGCUCAGGGGGUGGUAGUGGCACUUUGCAGGUAUGGGGAGCCAUAGGGUGUGUGAGUGUGUUCCAUCCUAGGCAGGGAAGGAUAGCCCCAGCAAACACAUUUCACACUUGUGCAUGUUACUAAAAUUUUACAAUCAUGCUGUUCCUGCUAGGCUUGUAUGGGGAGACCAAGAGACGAUAUGGACCCUCUCAUGGGGUGCUUUGACAGCUCGACCAUCUGCAAGAAUAUUGUCUCUGUCCAAGCCCAAGAAAGAUUUUAGCAAGUACGAGUGCAGAUGCAGACCAGUAAUCGGUGGGCGUCCCCCACUCGCAAAGUUUGGUUACCCUUCUGAACGGCUACUGAGGUUGGCUGAACCUAAAAAAUACCUCCCUGCUUACCUGAAGCAAAGAGCCCGUGAGUCCCCUGAGUGGCCUGUGUCCCUGGCUGCACGGAACUGUAAUGCCUCCCAGCGGAUACUGGAGCUUGCCCAGCCAAAGGGGCUGCAUCCAGACUUCAUGCCGGCCAGAGAGGUUUCCAGGUCACCUCAGAAGGCAAUUGUGAGCACUCGCACCAUUGAGCUGUCAAAGCCAAAACAACUCCAUGCUAAUUAUGUGCCCCUGCGGGAUCCUGAGUGGCCCGUGACAGAAGCUGCCAAGCAUGCAGUGGCUACACCAAGGGUUCUGGAACUGGCCCAGCCUAGCACAAGAUCUCAUAUGGGCUUGACUACACUCAACCCAGAUGCAUUCAGAGUGAAGGAGACUGCUAUGAAGGCAGCUUGUUCUCCAAGGCUCCAAGAACUAGCUCGACCAAUUCAGCGCUAAGCUCCCUCAGAAGUGCCUGCCAUCUGCCCACAUCACCCCUUGGAACAUCACUCUCUCUGGGCUGUGCUGUACCUGGAAAAUAUCCUUGAACACAGUGCAGAGGCAGCACUCAGCAGGAACACUUUCUAGGAGUUCAAAUAAAAUCAUCAUUCCUUAAAAAUAAUCAUCAGGGAAAAUUAACAGAAUUCUACCUAAUGUGGAAAGACUCUCUCCCUAGGAUGGGUUGUGUCUGGAGUUUCUCUCUUGAUUGUUUUGCUGUAGUAGUUUAAGAAGUAAUGAAACAACUGCUGGGGGAGGGCAGCACAGGGAUUGUCCUUUCAUGCAGGAAAGCGUGGCAAACCAAAACCAAGAGCAUGGAGUAAGUUGAUGCAACACAACUCCUGAAUUUGGGUUUAAAUUUUUUUGCUGAACUUUAAACAUCUUCUUACUGGCAGUCAAACAGAAGUGAAAGAAGUAGAAAUACAAAGGCUACAAUGUAUGUUGAGUUGGCUUGGAUUUGGGGCCCGUUUUCUCAGAUGCCUGGAGAACAGGCAGUUGCAGUUAUGUAGGUGGGUUAAAGCUCUGUGGUUCAGAUACUCAAUUGUGCAAUCCUGGGCAAAAUAAGAGAAUUCUGCACUGGGAUUUUUGGAGCCUAACUCAAAAAAGCAGAGUUCCCCUCAGUGUAAGAGAGAAAGCAAGUUGCAAAGGCUAAGUUGAAAACAAGUAUUGAUACCAGAGUCUGCAUAACAAAUUCUGAGCUCCAGUCAGAACUGUGGAUGAGUCAGUUUGGCAGCUGGAUUGCCAGGAACAACACAGCCUGUGUGGAGUAUGGCAUAAGGCCGUUAUCUACUUCCUAUAUGGUUAGUGUGUUUUGCACUGGCUGCCCAAUCACUGGCUACAGGCUGGAGAUACUGAGGCAAGAGAGAUGCUUACCAGUAAGGGACAAAAGCUACAAAUGAAAGCAUAUGGCAGUUUCAGAGCCAAUGUAUUUUAAUCUUUCCUGUGUUAAGCUGAUUCUCCUUUAAAGGAGUAGAGGCAGGUGACCACAAACCAGAAGGGUAUUAAUUAUAGGAUCCAUUAACUGAUUCAGUAAUCCGCUAAGUAGAGGACUUUUGAACAAGGUAAGGUCGCUGAGCAACAGUACUGAUUAUUUUUAGAUCAGGCCUUGUCCUGUGCCAGGAUGGAUGAGAGUUUGGACGAAGUCUUGGACUUUGUCCAAGAGCCCCUGUGCAACUUCAUUCCUCAGAGAAUGCAGUUGAGAAAGGCCAGGAGGAGACUGGGGUCUCCCCCUAAAGCCCUCAUGCUGUGGGGGAACCCCAGCACCAUCAGCUUCUGCCACCCUGGGGAUUAGGAGGUGUGUGGGCUCCCAUGCAUGGAUACACAGGUGCCCUAAGAGACAGCUGCCUAUGGCUGUCCCUGUGGCAAAGGGAAACCCACUGUGCCCACUGAAGCUGCCUGGGAAAAAUGUUGCCCUUCCAGAGGAAGGAGUCUGCCUCCUGUCAUGGGGGCAGGGAGCACAAGCAGGGACAUAACACAGCUCCUCAUCAAAAAUGUUGGGGUUUU